AUGACUGUGGCCGACGGCGUGCAAAAGAAACCGGCGGCGCUGCGGGAGGCGCUGUUCAUGUGGGAGAUUGUGGCCUCCUUCAGUGAUCCCCGGAUGGUGUGUGUGCUGGAGCGCCUUUGCCGUGACGUCCACGAGGCCCUGACGCUAAGCUCCACCGGCACCCACCUCCUGCAGCGCUACUGGAACGCGCAGUACCACAAACUCCUGUGGGAGGAGAGUCGCGUUGACCCCGCCCGGCGGACGCUUGACUUUGCCCUUACCCGCAGCGAGGGGCGGCGGAGUUGGAAGAAGAUGUACCGAGAGGAGUACCCGCUGUACGUGGCGCGGACGUUUCAGGGGAAGGGGGCCAACAACAACGCCCUCAACGCGGCGAAGGUGCUCUUCAAGGUGGAGUCCAUGAACGAAUUCCUGUCGGGGGAGGAACUUGCACAGCUGGAGCUCACCCCGCAGGAGGCGCUGGCGCGCCGGGUGGCGCGGAACCUGCUGAGCCUGGAGGGCGAGGAGGCUUCUGGUGGCGCUCUCGCGCCCCGCAACGGCGGCAGCGGCGCGCCGUGGCAAAACGACGGAACGGGGCGAAAGGGGCCGCCGCGCCAUUCGGCGGACAAGAAGGGCGGGCGAAAGGGAGUUCGCGGUGCACGAGCCGAGGCGACGAAGGACCCCGCUUUGGGGCUUUCGCGCGAUGACUACAACAACGACCGGCGCCUCGGCAAACACAGGGACAAGCACAAGAAGGGCGGGAUGGGGCGUUGGGACGCCUUCGCUAGCGGCGAGGUGGAGGACAAUUAG